ACUCAGUUACCUUGGAGUCGGCCGGACGAAGAAUUUCUACCUACUUCAUAAUAUUUGGUGAAGCAAUUAUCAAGUUCCGAUGUCGCCUCGCUAUCAAAUGACUGUAUGAGGAUGUACAUAGAAUCAUUAAUCAUUCAACUACGGAUACCAAAAUAUUGUGUGUGCUUGUGUAAAUUGACAAUAUAAUAAAACAAUAAUAACAAUUGUGUAAUCAACAAUCAAGUUUUAUUCGAAAUGUGAAAAAAAACAAGACGUGUUUUCGAAGUGAUAUUGGAAAGUUUAGUUUUUCGGACUGAGGAACCACAAAAAUGUAAAUCUCCUCAUUAAAAUGAACAAUACCCGCUAUAGUUGUUAUCAUUAUCCUUACGAUGCCGAAAUAGCGGGCCGCCAUCUCAUUCUUUAAAAACCAUCAGUAUUAACAUGUGCUUCUAAAUAUUUAUUAAAUUUUCUUUAACGUUUGCACUAACUUUAUCGAAAUGGAUAACAGCACGGGCAGCACAUCAAUUUUCAAAUCAAACGUCACAGUAAGCGAAGUGAUGGAAUAUUUCAAUUUAAGUAUGGCAAAACUAAAUAUUACAAAUGAAAGUGAAGUGUCUCAAAUACAUUUAUUUGACUUGUUCGAAGCUUAUAAAACAAAGGAAAAGGAACAAUUGAUGACUUAUAAAUUUGUCGCAUACGUUCUAGGCUCACUUAUAGUUUUAAGCAAUUUAAUCGUGGUGGUAUCCAGUGGACUUAUUUUAAAAAAAGGUCAACAGCCAAAAAGUACAUACCUGCUCCUGGGUAAUGUCUCCCUGGCAGACACCAUCAUCGGCAUCUCCGUUAUUUUCGGGGCUUCAGUGGACAACUCCAUGAGCUCGGAUCCACUGUGCAUAUUCCAGCUUGCCAUGCUGGUGUGUCCAGCGAUGGUGUCCAUCUUCAGCGUAGGUCUGAUCGCGAUCGACCGCUACAUCUACAUCCUGCACGGCUUGUACUACCAGCGCUGGUUCAACACCACGAGGGUCAGGAUCGGCAUUCUCUGCAUUUGGAUGAUCGCUGUGCAGCCCAAAAGCACAUACAUGCUGCUUGGCAACAUCUCCCUGGCUGACACCAUCCUGGGCGUGGCCAUGUUAUUCUCCUCGCUGGUCGACAGGUCCAUAACCACAGGAGCCAGGCUCGUGGAAAAUUCCGACUACAUCAGCAUACACACACUGUGCAUGAUCAUACAAGGCAUGCGCAUGUGUCCAGCGGUGGUCUCCAUCCUCAGCAUCACGUUCAUCGCCGCCGACCGCUACGUGUACCUGCUGCACGGCCUCUACUACAAGACCUGGGUCAGCACCAAGAGGGUCAGGAUCUCCAUGGCUUGCAUUUGGAUUACUGGUAUACUAUUUACUAUACCUGGAUGGAUGAACAUAAACAACGUCUCAAGAUGCUAUUUCAUCGACAUUUUCCCCAGCGAAGUAAUGCUAUGUUUGACUAUAAUAUGUUUCAUAAACAUUGCAUUUGUGACAACACUCUACAUGAUUAUAUUAGUGAAAGCGGUAAAUGCCAAUAAUAAAAUACAAAAAGCGAAAAAAAUUGCUCAGAAUGUGUCUAUUAAAGACAAAAACUGUUCAAACGAUUCAACUCAGAAUGAUGGUAAUAGCGUUUAUUCACAAAACGAAAAAUCUGUUAAUGGAAUUCGUUUCACUGUACUUGAUGUACAAACAUUGGAAUCGGGCCAUAUAAUACAUGUUGAUUCCAAUAAGAAUGAAGUAGAUCCGGAACCUAAUCCUGGUACACCCGAUCAACCACAAAAUGGUGAGUCCAAUGAUCAAUAUUCAAUUGAACCAAGGCUUUCAGAUGUAUCGAGUAUUAUGACUUUGAACAAAUCAGUUUCCAGUUUUAUACACGUGAAAAAAAUCCAUAGCAAAUGUAAAGAAAACAAAAAGUGCAGAGCAGUUACUGUUGUGAUUUUAACUACAGGCAGUUUUAUUAUUACAUGGGUCCCUUUCAUGGUAAGCAUAGUCUACUUUGGAUAUAUAUGUGACAUAUACUACACAAAACAAUAUUGUAUAAUAAAUUGCCAAUACGUGAUAAAGCCACUGUGGGCUUUGGCUCUUUUGAACAGUUUGCUGAAUCCAUUUAUUUACGCCUGGUGGCAUCAUGGAUUUAAAAACUACGUCAAAUCGUGUUACAAUAAAUGUUGCUUAAAGCGUAACAUAUUCCGUAUUAGCACUGACAAAAACAGAAGUUCAAGUUGACUAAAAUAUCCCUUGAAGUAGAGGUUCAAAAAUUCUUAAAUUUCCCUAGUAAUCAGUCAACGUAAGACGAGUGAGAAUAAAGUAAACAUGUACCCAUAAAGAAAAAAAAAUGGGUAACGAAUGGAAAAUACUCCAUCGACAAGAACCUGGUUCUUAAAUUGAUUGAUGAUGAUAAUAUGAUACUGUCGAUCCUUUUGUAUUUAGUCGCCGCUGAAGGUUGCCUGACAAAGCUUAAGUCAGCAAUGGACAUGAUGAUCCAGCGACCGUUCGUCGGAAUAGAGAAAGAGAACCUGAAAGUAAAGUUGAUGGAGCCCUACUGAACACAAAGCACUUUGAAAGCCGGUGUAGAAAAGCUAUUGUUAAGACUGAUCUGCAUGUACCAAGUCACCAAUAAAUUUUGUUACAAAAGUG